AUGGAUAAAGGCCUGCUGAAAGAGGGAGAAGCGUAUCCGGAAGAUGUCGCAGAUGUCGAACGAGGGCCGGCAACCUUUGAACGAGUUGUGUUGACAAUUAGUGGCCUCAAGUGUGGGUGUUGCGAGUCGGGGAUCUCGAAGGCCUUUCGACACAUACCAGCUAUCAAAGAUCACCAAGUCAAUAUUGUGCUGGCGAGGGUCGAGUUCGAUUUAGACACAAGUCGACUGUCUAUUUCCGCAGCAAUAUCUCGCCUAACCAGGGUGACGGGAUAUACUUUCGAGAAACAUGACCAACCCGAAGGCCAGAUCUUGGAGGUUCUGGUCAAUGAUCCAAGGCAGAUUUGUGAAGCUGGGAAACCUUAUGGUGUCACCCUCAUCGAAUCUGGAACGAGGCAAUUUUGGAGCCCUUCCAUGCUCUUCAGUGGGCGCAACAGCACUGUCCCUCCCGAAGCCAGUCGCUUCAACCGCCCUCCUCAUUCACUUGACAGUGAGAAGAGUGAAGGACCUGGUUUAUUUCAGCACACUGUUCGAAUUCACUACGACGCGAACCUUAUUGGAGCCCGUGAUGUCUUUGAAUAUUACCAGCAACUUGCUUCAGGACAGCACCUGCAACUAGCCCAUCCCUGCAGUCAUCCUAUUCUAGCGGUAGGAGCGGACCAAACAAAGCAAGCCUGCAUCAUGUUCCUUAUCAGCCUUUUUUUCACCAUCCCGGUCCUGGUUAUGGCUUGGGCGCCGCUCAAUCAGAACAAUAUGGCGUACGCUCACGUAUCACUGGCCCUGGCGACGAUUGUUCAGAUCAUUGCGGUCAAGGAGUUUGUACCAAGCGCCUUCAAAUCUCUUAUACAUUCUCGCUCCUUCGAAAUGGAUUUCUUAGUUGCAUUCAGCACGACAACAGCUUAUGUGUUCAGCGUUGUAUCGUACGUCUUUCAAAUUCGACGUCACCCGCUAGAGACAGGGUCAUUUUUUGAGACAUCGACCUUAUUAGUCACGCUUAUCCUUUUUGGUCGCGUUGUCAACGAAUUUGCUCGCCUGAGGGCUGCGAAAGCGGUCUCAUUCCGUUCCCUCCAGGCAGAGCACGCUCUUCUUGUUGUUCCAGGACAAGCACAGCCGAGGGAGGCCCGUAAAAUCGAUGCCCGACUCCUUCAAUAUGGCGACAGCUUCAAGGUUCCACCACACACUAGGAUUGUGACUGAUGGGAAGGUAAUCUAUGGAGGUUCAGAAGUUGAUGAGUCGGUCAUGACAGGUGAAUCAAUCCCGGUUGCUAAAGGCCUAGGGCACACUGUGUCCGCUGGCACAACUAAUGGAAGCGGCGAGCUCACUGUCACUCUGACUGCUCUCCCACAUGAAAACUCCAUUAGCAAAAUUGCGGCGAUGGUUGAAAGUGCAGAGCUCUCGAAACCCAAGGUUCAGGCACUCGCUGACCGUAUCGCUGGCUGGUUCGUCCCGGCAAUUAUGGCCAUCGGCACAAUUGUUUUCGUAAUCUGGAUCUGCUUAGAGAGGUAUGGCAAUCGCCGACUCUGGAGGGAUGCUGUCAUUAGAGCUAUUACCUAUGCCAUCGCAACGAUCAUCGUCUCAUGCCCAUGCGCAAUUGGACUUGCCGUUCCUAUGGUGGUUCUAAUUGCAGGCGGUGUGUCAGCGCGCUUUGGAAUCAUCUUCAGAGAUCCACAGAAGCUUGAGGUCGCUCGAAAUGCUACGGACAUUAUCUUUGACAAGACUGGUACGCUCACGACAGGUGAUCUCACAGUUGUCGAAGCAAUUUUUCAUGGUCCCAAGGAGAGAGAAGUAAAGAGUAUGAUAUUGGGCCUACUGGUAGAUGUCAAACAUCCUGUUGCUGCUGCCGUAUUCAAAUGGCUCGACAAAAAUUCGUCUAGCGGCGAAGGGUUCAUAAAGCCAGCGAAAAUGGUCGGAAUCACCAGUCUCCCGGGGAAUGGUGUUAUAGGGACCUGUAAACAAACACAAGCGGUGGUUCGGGCAGGCAACCCUUACUGGCUAGGUGUGGACAUCCUAGAAUCACCUCACAGCGUUCUCUGCGUCACGGUAUCCGGAGAGCUGAGCGCAGUAUUCCGCCUUCAAGAUCGCCCACGCUCUACCGCAGAGAGGGUUAUUAGGCUCCUCACGGAUCGCGGCAUCAGCGUGCAUAUGAUCAGUGGCGAUAGCGCAGGGGCAGUAAAUGAGAUUGCACACACACUCAACAUACCUAAGCAUCAUGCCUGUGGCCGCCUCAACCCUGGUGAUAAACAGGAGUACAUUCACAAUCUCCAAAAGGAAGGCCGCGUUGUUCUCUUUUGUGGGGAUGGUACAAACGACUCUGUCGCCCUCAAGCAAGCAGAUGUCGGCGUCCACAUGAACCACGGCUCUGAUGUAGCGAAGAGCGCUUCCGAUGUCGUUCUCAUGACUACCCGCCUGCAAGAUAUCCCGAUUCUGCUCGACAUAUCUAAAGCUGCUUACAGAAGGAUCAUGUUCAAUUUCGGAUGGUCGGCAGUGUACAACGUCGUUGCUAUUCUCAUGGCUGCUGGCGCUUUCGUCGCCUUCCGGAUUCCGCCCGCAUAUGCGGGACUAGGGGAGUUGGUCAGCGUUCUGCCGGUAAUGUUUAUUGCGUUUCAAUUGAGGUGGAGGGAUUAUGGGAAGAAGUAUCGAGGGAUGGAGUAUGAGUAG